GUCCUCUUCAUUUUCGAUUCUCUUCUUUUCUUUUUCUCUUAUUCUUCUUCAUUUCUCUUUGGAAAGCAGUAGCAAAUAGCGAGUGACAAUGCAAAGAGUAUUUGCAGUAAGGUCCCUGUGUUCUUCGAUCAUAAGGAAGCAGACACAGCGCGCUUCUUUCUCUACAUCGCUUCUCUUCGAUGAUACUCAGCUUCAGUUUAAGGAAAGUGUUUCUCAAUUCGCACAAGAAAAUAUUGCUCCUCAUGCAUCUAAAAUAGACCAAACCAAUAAUUUCCCAAAGGAAGCUAAUCUGUGGAAGCUCAUGGGAGAUUUUAAUCUCCUUGGAAUUACAGCACCAGAGGAAUAUGGAGGACUUGGUCUUGGUUACUUGUAUCACUGCAUAGCGAUGGAAGAAAUUAGCCGUGCUUCAGGAUCUGUUGGACUUUCCUAUGGUGCCCAUUCUAAUUUGUGCAUCAAUCAGUUGGUGAGGAAUGGAAGUCCUGCUCAGAAACAGAAAUACUUGCCAAAGCUUAUCAGUGGAGAGCAUGUGGGAGCUCUUGCAAUGAGCGAACCAAAUGCUGGAUCUGAUGUUGUUAGCAUGAAAUGCAAAGCUGAUCGUGUAGAUGCGGGCUAUGUUCUAAAUGGGAACAAGAUGUGGUGCACAAAUGGUCCUGUUGCACAGACAUUGGUUAUUUAUGCAAAAACAGACACCAAGGCAGGGUCAAAAGGAAUAACAGCAUUUAUCAUUGAGAAAGGAAUGCCUGGAUUUAGUACAGCCCAGAAGCUAGACAAACUUGGGAUGCGAGGAAGUGAUACGUGUGAGCUCGUUUUUGAGAAUUGCUUUGUUCCAGAAGAAAAUGUGCUUGGGCAGGAAGGAAAAGGAGUUUAUGUCAUGAUGUCAGGGCUAGAUUUGGAGAGACUUGUUUUGGCAGCUGGUCCUCUGGGUAUCAUGCAGGCAUGUCUUGACGUUGUUCUUCCUUAUAUUCGACAAAGGGAACAGUUUGGUCGUCCAAUUGGAGAAUUUCAGUUUAUACAGGGGAAGAUUGCUGACAUGUAUACUUCCUUGCAAUCUUCAAGGUCCUAUGUUUACUCUGUUGCAAGGGACUGUGACAAUGGGAAAGUUGACCCUAAGGAUUGUGCUGGAGUGAUACUCUGUGCAGCUGAAAGGGCAACCCAAGUUGCUUUGCAGGCUAUACAAUGUUUAGGCGGUAAUGGGUAUGUGAACGAGUACUCAACGGGCCGUCUUCUUCGAGAUGCAAAACUAUACGAGAUUGGAGCAGGGACUAGUGAGAUCAGAAGAAUGAUAAUUGGCCGUGAACUCUUUAAGCAGUAGGAGAGAACAUGCAUAGUGCUUCAACGGUCACAGUAAAUGAUUUUCUUUUACACAUUCUGAAAUGUAAAACUCUCUUACAGCCAAGGGACUAUGCAUUACAUGCAUAGUUCUAUAUAAUAAAAUUUACCAGUUUAUUGUUUGUGCA